GGUCGACGUCGGCUAUAUCCAAUAGCGCGCCAAAAUAAGAAGUCGAAAUUCAUUCCUUUCGAGCCCACAACGUUCAAAUUCGUUUGCUACGCUCACGAGAGCGGACGUGCAGUGCGGAAAAAUCAAAAACCAAAAAUCCAAAAAUCCGAAUAUCCCAAAAAACAUAACACAAAAAAUAACAAAAACACAGCAAAAAAAAACUCCAAAUCACUCACAGAUAUAUCGCGGGGUCUGUUGUUGCUGCUGCUUGCGGUUGUGUUUUCUUUCGCCUUUUAAUUAACGGCAAACUUGCAUAAAAUUACCACAAUAAAAAUUACGAAAAAUUACAUAAAAAGAAAGCUAAUUAAAUCUAUAACUUGUGCCUUUAGGAAAGUGUGAUCUAACUACACCUUAAAAAAUUGUAUUAAAUAAGAAGCAGCCAUAAGAAGUGCUUGAAAAUCUGUGCUAAAAACAAAAUCAUGGAGAAGAACAAUAACAACCUGCCCGCCGCCAAUGGUCAUGCUCUGACCAAUGGCAAUGGAGUGAUCGCUGCCCAGGAGCCAGCAACUCCGCCAGCAGCCGACGGUUGGGGCCAAACCCUCUGGAAUAUCUGGGAUGCCUUUGCGGAUGUGGCCUGGUUUAUAAUCUGCUGCAUUGGAUACAUUCUGCAGGAUCUGUAUUACAUUGCCUUUGGCUAUCCCGAAAAGGAACUCAACACAGACAUCGCCUUGAUCACCGGCGGAGGCAAUGGACUGGGUCGCCUGCUGGCCGAGCGAUUGGGCAAGAUGGGAACCAAGGUCAUUAUCUGGGACAUCAACAAGAAGGGUAUUGCGGAAACCGUGGAAAUUGUCGAAGAGGCCGGCGGUUACUGCAAGGGCUAUGUGGUUGAUAUAUCCAAAAAGGAGGAGGUCUAUAAGGCAGCCGAUGUCAUCAGAGCUGAAGUUGGUGAUAUCACUCUGCUGAUCAACAAUGCUGGCGUUGUCUCCGGCCUGCACCUUUUGGACACACCUGACCAUCUCAUCGAGCGCUCCUUCAAUGUGAAUGUCAUGGCACACUUUUGGACGACAAAAGCGUUUCUGCCCAAGAUGAUUGAGAAUGAUCGAGGACACAUUGCCACAAUUGCCUCGCUGGCCGGCCAUGUGGGCAUUAGCAAAUUGGUCGAUUACUGUGCCAGUAAAUUCGCAGCGGUUGGCUUUGAUGAGGCUCUGCGUCUGGAGCUGGAAGUCCUUGGCCAUACGAACAUCCGUACCACCUGCAUCUGCCCGUUCUUCAUCCAGGCCACUGGCAUGUUCGACGAUGUGAAUGCCAGAUGGGUCCCCACGCUGAAUCCCAACGAUGUGGCCGAUCGUGUCAUUGUGGCCAUCAGGAAGAACGAGAAACUGGCCGUCAUUCCUGGUUUCCUCAAGGUCCUCCUCUCCUUCAAGUGGACCUUCCCCUGGGGCUGUGUGGGCGGUCUGCUGAAACGCCUGGUGCCCGAUGCCUCGCCCCACGGAUUGCCCAGCUCGAUAGUCGCCCCAUCGCCGCCCAAGUCGCAGGCCAAGUCCAUGUCCGCCGACAUUGCCGCUCUGGAUGCUGAGCUGAGCAGCGUGACGCUGCCGGCGAAGCCACCCUCGAUGCUGAUCCAGCGAACGCCGUCGCUGGGGGAGCGUGUCCUUUGAGCAGCGACACCCUCCUACCCCAUAUCCUGUAUUGUACCCACUCACUCCUAAAUUUCUCUCGCCGAACGUUGUGUGCAUUUUAUGAGCGUGGAGGAGUUACGAGCAUGUCGACGCAUUUUCGCGAA